UCCGCCCUGAACCCAAUACGGUCGAAGGUCAGAGAGUACGAUGUGUUUAGCAAGGAAAAUUAAACAUGGAGUCCAUCUUUCAUGAAAAACAAGAGGGCUCCCUGUGUGCUCAGCAUUGCCUCAAUAACCUUCUUCAAGGCGAGUAUUUCACCCCCGUUGAUCUAUCGUCCAUCGCCCAUCAACUGGAUGAAGAGGAAAGGAUGAGGAUGGCAGAGGGUGGUAUGGGUAGUGAAGAGUACAGAACUUUUUUACAGCAACCAUCUGGUAACAUGGAUGACAGUGGUUUCUUUUCUAUACAAGUUAUCAGCAAUGCAUUAUCAGUUUGGGGUUUGGAGCUGAUUCUCUUUAACAGCAGAGAAUACCAGAGGCUUAUGAUAAAUCCAAUAAAUGAAAAGGCAUUCAUAUGCAACUACAAGGAACACUGGUUUACAAUUCGAAAACUUGGGCAACAGUGGUUUAAUUUGAAUUCCUUGUUGACCGGACCAGAGCUGAUAUCAGACACCUACCUAGCUCUCUUCCUUGCACAGCUACAACAAGAAGGUUAUUCCAUAUUUGUGAUUCGAGGAAAUCUCCCAGAUUGUGAUGCUGAGCAGAUCCUGGGGAUCAUGAAGGUGCAGCAGCAACAGAGACCCAAGCUGAUUGGAGAGGACGAGGCUCAGUCGAGUAGUGGCAUGGGCAGAUCUUCAGGGCAGGUUAGUGUGCUGGAGACAGUCCCAGGCGUGGAAGAGGCUGUGAUGGAUGAGGAUGAGGAGGAGCUGAGGAAGGCCCUGGCCCUGAGUAGACAAGACAUGGAGGUGGAGGAUGAAGAGGCUGACCUUCGUCGGGCUAUACAGCUCAGCAUGCAGGGGGCAGUAAUGAGCAAUAAGUCAAUGCCAAAAGGCGAACUUGUUCCUAAGACACCGUUGGCUGGCCAGGCACCAGCAAGUACUGCAGGAGAAGCGCCUCAGAGUGGAAAACUGUCAGCCGAGGACCUGCGGAAGAGGAGACAAGCUUAUUUUGACAGACAGUCCCAACAGCAGGCUCAGCCCAUCUCUCCUCAACAACCCACACAAAUCACAGGAUCUGGGAUGAGUGGCACAGAGGAGGAUGAACCAGCCAAACGCAGCCAGUGAGGUGGAGAGAGUUCCCACAGAAGCGUGCGACGACUACUGGCCUCAAUUGGUAACCCCUUUACAGGGCAGCCUCACCCCUCCUUUAAUCCUUCCCAUGAGCGAACAGAUGGCUGGCCAGAAGGCUGACACACCCGUGGCUAGUUCGCUGACGGGUUGUAGAGAAGAGAAUAACAACAAGGAAAAACGAAAAGGCGCCAAUCUAACAGAGAAGUGACGCUGAGGCCGGGAAGAGAGACGAUAAAGAAUUCCAAUGCAGUUAUUCCAAGUCCGAUGGCCUUUCCACCACGGCGCCUUCUAUUUCUAAUUUGUGGUUUGUUUUUUAUUCCUACACUUGCUGUUUUCCUCUGGGAGGGGUCGUAGUGGAUCCCACUGUGCCGAUGUGUUUGGUAGGGGAUCGAUGGGCGCAGUGGUGCAGUGUGUAACCAGUCAGAGGAAACCAGGAAUAGUCCGGGAUUAUCCUCUAGCCUUCAGUAUGGAAGUGCUACAUGGGACCAUUGGUUCGAUAGAGAGGUAGGGGUUUGAUAGAGACCGUGAUAGUCUUUUGCCUUCUCUUUCACUUGGGUAAAAAAAAA